AUGAGCCUCUCCGCAGGCUCUGCGGCCGUGCCCGCCGCCACUCUACCCACCCCAGCCCACAGCGUCAACGGCGGCUCGCUGGUCGACACGCACAUGACGGACGACUCUCCACACAAGCGAAAGCGAUCUCUGGACGACGUCGGCGAUACCGGCCAUCAGAAGAAGGUGCAAAUCGACGCCAAGCUCGGCAUCGACGACCUUCACCUCGACGUCGGCGAGAAAUACCUGCUCUGCCGCACUGCCCACCCAGAGUGUCUCCCCAGAACAACCGCGGACCUGUACGAUAUCUUUGGCCUCAACGACCUUGCCGCAGAAGUGGCCCGAGAGAAGCCGAACGGAGAGAAGAACGCGCUCCGCAAAACGUACAAGGGCCAUAUCAAGCGGCUGGGCGUGGCCGGCCACUUCGACGUUGUGAAGAAGAAAGACGGCGAUUUGUCCGACUUCAUGGCCAUGAUCCAAAUGCCCGACCUGGAAUGGGGCGUUCAUCAGGUUAGAGGUCGAGAUAUUUCCGACGGCCUCUCCGAGGCCACCCGAUCGGUGCUAGGUCGGGCGAUGUCCAUGACCAAGGGUCCAAUCCCGAAAGCCGUCUGGGACGCUUCGGUCCUCGGCGACCUCGCUUCUGGAAACGGAGAUGCGUCAAAACCCGUCUCCGCGAGGCCGAGCGCGCCUAACACGCCGAGCGCGAACACACCCUCGGCCUCGACGCCCAACCCGAUGGGCCGUCCGAAGUCGCUUCUUCCGCCGGGCCAUGACCCCCUGCGGCCUAAAAGGAACAUCAAGAAGCGAUCCUACGGCGACAGCAGCUACGAGGGCUACGGAGAGGGCUUUCCCGACGAUGACGCCGGCGCCGAUACCGGCUAUUCAACCGGGGAAGGCGAAGGCGGCGCUAAACGGCGGAAGAAGGUGAGCGAUUCCGCGUCGCCGCCGUCGCCCGGGGUGCUCUCUAACACGGACCAGAACCAUGAAAGCACAUCUCCCUAUCCAGCCAUACGCCAGCAAAGCUAUGGUCCCGGCAUGAUCGGUGCAUGA